AUGUCUUGUAGUCGUAAAUUCGCGACUAACUAUGAUUAUAGUCAAAACGACAAUGGUAUAAAACCGAUCAGCGAGACCUCUUCUCGAACCAGCUUAACAACUCCUCAGUCUGAAAGAAGAUCUGGUGGUAUCGUUGAAAGAGUAUCCGCAAGGAUAGGAAGAGAUAUUCCACCACUGAAUAUGGAACACAUCAACCCGACUCUUGUUUGCUUUCUUGUUAACGUAACAUCUCCAGGAUUCAGUAGUCUUUCUCCAUCUUUGCAAUCUCCAAAUAUGUUGACUGACUCUUCUUCACAGAUUAUCCCUCCUAGUCCAAUCCCGAAUGAUGCGACUCAGGAGAUGGUGGAAAGUUCAGGUGGCUCCCAUGCAACGAUGAUGAUAACCAACAAUAAUCUUCCUCAUCAGCCAAUGGACAUCGAUCUGUCUCCUCAAGGAUGUAAAAAAGGCACUGCUGAUAUUCCAACGGAAGAGUCUGUUGAUAUCACAUCUCAUGAAUCUAAUGCUGAUCCUAUUAGUGCUCCGUUACUCCCUUCUUUUGACUCUGAAGUUGUUUCUGAAAAGGAUGCUAUGAACCUCAUCUCCCUUAAAAGUGGUAGCGAAGAUGAUGACAAGGACAAAGACAAAGAUCACAACAUUGUUGUAGAAUAA